AUGCGGUCACUUCCGGUAAGACGCUGGACACGCCCCCUAGACUUAAGCAGCCGCAGCGACGAUGACGAACUAUACGGAGGCAAUGAAGGACUUUGUGGAAAGUCAUGUCCCUGGUCUCACUGUUGUUUUUAUCGCAGGGGCAGGCCUCGUGGCCUUCCGCAGGUGGAUGGCUGGGGCAGCCUGUCACAGCAAGAAACAGCCCUGGACAUGGCCAAACGAGGGGCCAGAGUGAUCAUGGCCUGCAGGGAUAUGACCAGAGCACAGAUUGCUGCUGAUAUGAUCCGCCAGAAGAGUGGAAAUGGCAAUGUGGUGGUGAAGAAGUUAGAUUUGGGUUCUUUGCAGUCAGUGAGGGAACUGGCCAAGGAUAUCGAGGCAAAUGAGACACGCUUAGACAUCCUCAUCAACAAUGCAGGUAUCAUGAUGUGUCCCAAAUGGGCAACAGAAGAUGGUUUUGAAAUGCAGUUUGGUGUGAACCAUUUAGGACACUUCCUUUUGACUAAUUGUCUUCUUGACCUGUUGAAGAAAUCUGCUCCUAGUCGUAUUGUAAUUGUGUCUAGCCUCGCACAUGAGAAGGGAGAGAUACAUUUUGAUGACAUCAACCUGGAUAAGGAUUACAGACGUGAGAAGAGUUACCGUCAAAGCAAACUGGCUAAUGUGCUGUUCGGUAAAGAACUUGCUGCACGACUGCAAGGAUCCGGUGUGACUGUGUACAGCCUGCAUCCGGGGGUCAUUCGCACAGAGUUGGGUCGUCACCUGUUUCCUACUAUAGCUUUGUGGAAAAGGAUCAUAGCUCUGCCACUGAUGAUGCUCAUCAAGACCCCCUGGGAAGGAGCACAGACCACCAUCUAUUGUGCUGUCGACGAGAGCAUUGCCAACGAGAGCGGCUUCUACUACAGUGACUGUGCCCGCAAGACACCUGCCCCUCAAGCCCAAGAUGAUGCUUCAGCAAAGAGGCUGUGGGACCUCAGUGCGUCCAUGGUGGUGACCCUGCAUGUCGUACCUGGCACACAGCAGAGCGCAGAGCUGCAGCCAAAUCAGUCUGAGAACAGCCCACACUCCAGCACAACAGAGCAAAAGGGAAAAAAGCCAACGUCUAAACUUCAGAGUGCCUCGGAUCUAAUGCUUCACCCCUCACAGAUAUGGAAAUGCUUCAGGAGUGGACAGUGUGGAGGGGCUUUUGUGAGCUCUGUAUCCUUCUUCAUAAAAGGGACGGGACAGUAA